CAAACCCCCCCUACUAUAAAUAUGUCAUCUUCAUCUGCUUUAAUCUUGUAAAUUACAUCUACACUGUUUCGUUACACAACUCAAUUCCUAUACUACUGAAUCCUAAAAAGCCAUGUCAAACGUUCCAACCUCGCUCCGCGACUCCUCCCUCACCCUCUUCCGCCUCGCCAUCUCCAGCUCCGACCCCUGGCCUUUUUCUGUCUAACCAUAACCACCACCUCGGAGAUUCUCUCUCUUUUCUUUUUUUUUUUUUUUUUGUUUAAAGGUUGAUUUUUCUUUCUUCUCUUUCGCUCGUUCUUGGCUUUCGAAUCCGUUGUUGGGUCCGGGGAUGCAGCAGCAGCAGCAGCAGCAGCAGCAGAGGCAAGAGGAGAGGGCAGGGAUGCCGCCGAAGGGGUGCGUGGCGGUGCGGGUGGGGAGGGAGGGGGAGGAGCGGCGGCGGUUCGUGGUGUCGCUGGAGCAGCUGAGUCAUCCAUUGUUCGCAGAGCUUUUGGAUGAAGCGGAAAGAGAGUAUGGAUUCGAGCAGAAGGGUGCGAUCGUAAUCCCGUGUCACAUCGACUACUUCUGCCGGGUCCAGGGCAUGAUCGAUCGCGAUCGUCAUCGCGAUCAUCACCACCAUCACCAUCACCAUCAUCACAGUAGCCGGCACGGUCAGCACGGGCAGCACGGGCACCUGCAUCUCCCGAGGUUUGCUGGGUGUUUCAGGGCUUGAUGAUUGGUCGUGUACGGUUGAGUCUCGCUAGUUUAAUUUAUGGGUGGUGUUUUAGUUUUUCUUUUCUUUUCUUUUCUUUUCUUUUUUUUUUUUCCUUUUGUUGCUUUUAAUUUGAAAGAUGGAAGGUUUUUUAUUUUGAUUUUGAUUAUGAUGAUGACGAAGAAGAACACGAGAAGAAGUGUAAAUAAAGAUGCAGUUCUGUAGGAUGGAAAUGUUGUGCUGCUCCUAUUGAUUUUUUGAGAUAUUCUUUUAAUAGUAGAUUAUGGGGAAAAAUUGAAUAAAACACGAAUGAAUUAAUUGCUUGGAAGGAUGUGAUUGUUCCUUUUA